AUGGCACCUUCGAGAGUCACACAAGAAAUUAAGAUCUUGACGCCUGUGGGCAUGAUCGGAUAUGGUUUUAACGAACGUCUGUUCUGGAAAGCCGUUGCAGACGGAGUUGAUGCCAUCAUCGCGGAUUGUGGUUCCACAGAUAGCGGCCCGCAGAAACUCGCCCAAGGCAGUCUGACCAUGACAAGAGAAGCGUACGUUCACGACCUCAACAUUCUCGUGGCUGCAUGCUCAGCCUACCACGUCCCAAUCGUGCUUGGUUCAGCAGGUGGCGACGGUGCCAACGAGCAUGUUGCUCUUUUUCUUCAAAUAAUAGAGGAUCUUGUUGAGCAAAAAGGAUAUCGGUCGAUGAACGUGAUAACUAUUACUUCUGAGAUCGAUAAGAAUUAUAUGGAGGAGAAAUUCUCGAACGGGGAAAUUUUACCCUGUUCGAAAGCGGUGCCUGAAUUGACAUUGAAGGAUAUUCAAGAUGCUACAAGAGUGGUUGGACAGAUGGGCUUAGAGCCAUAUGUCAAGGCGAUGUCAGAUUAUCCAGAUUUUGACAUUAUCAUCGGCGGGCGAAGUUAUGAUCCUGCUAUGUACGCAGCUUACUGCAUUCACCGUGGAAUUGACGAUCUCGGGAUUUCCUAUCAUAUGGGAAAGAUUAUGGAAUGUGGCGCGCUGUGUUCAAAGCCGAAAAGUAGGGAAGCGCUGGCUAUAGUACGACCCGAAAGUUUUGAUAUCAUACCGCUCGACCCUGCAUCUCACUGUACUGUGCUGUCAGUGGCGGCUCAUACCCUAUAUGAGAAAACCCGUCCAGAUGUGCUGGUAGGUCCAGGCGGAGAACUCCAUCUGGCAUCUGCCAAAUACGAAGAGCUGGAGGACGGUCGGACUGUCAGAGUGUCAGGAGGAAAAUUUGUUCCCGUCAAUCCGGGAGAAUACACCAUCAAGGUCGAGGGCGCUAGAGUCAACGGAUACCGAUCUGUCUUUAUCGGAGCAUUCCGUGACCCGAUUCUCAUCUCACAAAUUGAUGGCUACUUGGAGCGAGUCCAAGCGUUUGUUAAGACUCAAUUCUCUUUUGAGUACGAGUUGAAACUGCAUAAGUAUGGUGUGAAUGCUGUGAUGGGGCCUCUCGAUCCGGGCGAAGGGGCAACCCCGAAGGAGAUUUGUCUUUGUGGAGAAGUACGGGCUCCCACGCAGGCACAGGCCAAUCAAGUGGCUAACAUGGCCCGGAUUGCAUGCAUCCAUGCACCUUACCCGCACCAGUUAGCAACCGCCGGGAAUUUUGCCAUGCCCUUUGCCCCAUACGAUAUUCCUCUGGGCCAGAUCAGCGAAUUCAACGUGUACCACCUUCUGCAGAAGGCAGACCCGAUCGGUUUGUUUCCUAUCACAUACCAGACAAUCCAUGGCACAGGAAAAUUUACCCAUCAGGAAGUCACCGUGAAUGAAAUGGAAUCCAUUUCGCUGUCGUCAAGAGAGGUGGACGAGGCCAAGAUCAAGAUUGCGAAAGCCAAUGAGGAGACAGCACGUCCCUUUCUCAAACCAGAUCCGCCCGAGGGAUAUUGUUAUCUGGGAGAGAUUGCCAAUGUGGUACGAUCCAAAAAUGCGGGGCCGUUCGAGCUGACGAUGGAUGUGAUGUUUAACGAUGAAGACCUAUAUCAACGUGUCAAAAAAACGGGUGUCCUGUCUCACCAGACAAUUAAGGAACUUUAUCACAUCAAUGACGAUGACAUUAUUGCAUGUUUGUUCUGGGACCAGGCGCGGGCUUUCAAGGCGACAAUCAAACGCCCCGUUCCUUCUGGCUCGUUUGGUCAGACAGAUGUCCAUGGAUCGCAACAGCAUGUUCCUUUGCUGUAUACUUUGCUACCUAUUCCACGGGCUAGAAAGUAA